GCGGGGACAUUCUGUUUGCACAACUGCAGCCGAGAACACGCUGUCAAAUAACUCUACCUCUGCUGAACCUGGAGCCACCAUGUGCCGGCGACUAAGCGAUAUCCCUGGACUGGUCUUCCUCCUGGCGUCGGUCGCCGUGCCCUGUCGAGCCCAGUUCUACCCCUUAGUCGGACUGGGCCAGGCUGCGAAUCCCACAAAAUUUCCGGGUGCAGUGCCACGCCUGGUGCUCUACAAUCCCUUUAGUGGCCAGCAGCUGGAGCCACUCCGGUACUCGGCACUUUUGCGGGGCAGGCGACAGCCCGUGAACGGAAACAUCGUAGAGCUACCUCAGCUCUGGCAGCCCUGCUCCUGCGCCGAGUUCUCCUGCCGGUGCUGCCUUGGUCUGGCCCUGGGACUCGGCGGAUCAGCCAACCAGCGGUUGUGCGCGGCCCUCGACUACAACCGGGCGGACCUAGGUCUGCGCCUCAGCGUCGAGAUAAAUCAGCUCAACGUGGCAACCUUCGCGGUCUCAGCUCGAAAUCCGCCCGAAUACUGCGUGCCAAUGCCGCUCUCGAGCUGCCUGAGACUCUACGACAUCCGAGCAUUCGACGAGGGCAACAUGCAGGUAUGUCUGUCGGUGGUCUUAAAGGUUCUGGCCAACCAGUUCUUCGAGUACCGCCUCAGCUGCCUGCGCUUUGGCGCCAGGGGAGUAUUCUUCGUCCGCGACGCGUUGCAGGAUCAAGGGCAGGAUCAGGAAGCACAGGAUCUGGUGUCUAGGUCCGAUGCUGGCCGGUAUGAGCCCAAGAAGCUGUCGGACAGGAGCAGCUUCAGUUUCUACGGUAGAUGA